UCGAUAUUUUUAGUGCGACGAGAGUAUUUGGCGGGGCGUACCCGCGACUCCUCCCUCCUCUCUUCGUCUUCGUCUUCGCAAACGUUUCUCAGCGUCCUCCUAUGUUCGCGUCGUCUUCGUCGACGUGCCUUAGUGCCUCCGUUCGCGUCCCUCUCGAUUGACGCGUUCGUCGCGAUCGACUUGUAAAGAGAGAGAAAGAGAGAGGAGAGUAUCGCGUAUGAGGGCUGAUGAGUGGCACUCGUUUUCGCGCGAAAAAGAAAAAAGAGAAAAAGAUCCAAAACGCAUUGGAGGUCUUUCUCUUUCUCCCUCUCUCUCUCUUUCGCUCUCUCUUUCUCUGUCUGUCUCUCUUUCUCUCUCUCUCUCUCUCUUUCUCUUUUCCAUUCGUCAAGAGUCUUGAGAUAGAUAACUUCGUCUUCGUCGAUCAUAAUACGAAUGUGUUGUUACCUUCUUCGAUGAUGACCUUGAAUGAUGUGUCUCCUUCAUCUCACGGUGGAUCGAGCAAUCUUCUUGGCCCUCGACCCUGACCAUUCGGACUUCGUCCAACGAAUCUAUCAUCGCUCGCGCUUAAGUUCCACUUAAUACGAUUUUCUAACAUAACUCGAUAUUGGAAUCAAAAUUAGUACGGGUGACACUUCGAUCGUGCGUGUUUUUUUUUUCUUUUGUUUUCUUUUUUUCCCCUCCUUUUUUCCUUUUAAAUCAUUCGAGCUAAGUACACUAACUGGCUCGUCUUUCGUCGCGGAUUAAACCAAUUCUCUCCAUUUGCUUUUGUGAACUAUUACACGAAUCUAAAUCAGGAUUUCGGGAUUUGAGUUAGCAAAAGUGCAAGUUGGUUGUCACACGUUCUUUUAUCAAGUUGAGUGGGAAUUUUGUAAGAGGAAAGAAACAAAGAAAAAAAGAGAAAAGAAAACGGAAAGGAAAAGGAAAUAUCGAAUUACAAAUUAAUUCGAUCUAGUCUGUUAACAGAGAGCAAGCUAACAGCGUCAUCUCUUCCUAUUUACAAGUUAAGAGUGGAAAAUUGAUUUUGCUGAGCGAGGUAACAAUCGAGUCGACCGUACCUCGGACGGUCGACUGAUUGCCAUUACCGAUCGCCAUUAUCGAUCAUCGAACAAGCUCUUGAAAGUUUUCUUCUAUUUCAUCAUCAUCGAUCAGCAACGAUGUUCAUAUUCGCGCAACGCGACGGUAUGUCGACUAGCAGACAAGGAUCGGCGUCACGACGUAGUCGUUAUGCUCGUUCCUCGACAACGACCAGCGUGACACAGCUCUUAACUGAUUCUUGCAGUAAUUUGCUUCAACGAUUGACCACCAGGGUACGUGGCACUUCGACGGCUAACGAUCGAUCGAUCGGAACAAGACGAUCACCAAAUGCUGGCAAUUAUCUUAGCAGUGCCAGAAUUCGAUUAGAAGACAAGUAUUCCUCUAUAUUGGAUAAGUAUACCAAUAAGAAACAUGCCAAUGAUAAAGAGAAGAGUAUCGAGCUUGGUAAUGGAAACGUUGCUGGUUAUUCACGAAGAAAGAACGAACGAGAGCAUAGCUUUAAUCGAAGAGAUUCUUAUGGUAGGGAGGAGAAAACAUUGGAACCAUCGAUGCCACGUUCUGUCAUUAAAAGUCCCACCAGUGUACUUCUAAGCGAGAAAGCUUAUCCUUAUGUCAGUUCGGUUAACAUUAGAGAGUCGAAACGUGAGAAAACACCUGGUUAUCGUAGGACAUCCGAUAGACAAACACACUUAGGCUCGGAAGCUUAUCGACGUUACGGUAGACACAAAUCUGGUCACGCUGAGACACGCAAUAGAAAGGUCAGGCCACAUAGGAAUGGUAAAAGCGAACAACUCGACAAUUGCAGGUCGACCUCCCUUAGAUCUUUAGCUCGUCCAAACAGAGUCGAACCUUUGAGCUUAGUCGCCGGCAAGGAAGUUCUUAGCGAUCCAGAGAAAACACCAACCGGUAGCGGUAUUGUGGACGAUGCGAUACCAAAGUACGAACCUAACUACGACGAUAACGAGGAAGUUGAUCCAGCUAUUUCCGAAAGAGCAGCCAAACGCAAAGAGAUACAAAGUUUGAUUAUGAAAUAUGCGGCUAUGGAUGAGGCUUACAGCGAAUUAGCAACUGGUGGUGGUCAAGGAAAUGCGAAACCAAGUACAACCGAUAUCAUCGCCAGCAAGUAUAAGAAGAAUACUCGUGGUAGUAAUAACAAAAAGGAAGUCACGAAGAAUACAUAUGCGUCGAAUACUUCGUCGACUGUCAUUAACGAGGUGGAUACGAACCACGCGAUCAGCCCACGACCGCCCUCCGUCGAGGACGACGAAGACGGCCACCUUGUUUACCAAUCCGGCGACAUCCUGGCAAAUAGAUAUAAAGUACUGGCCACCCUAGGAGAGGGUACUUUUGGAAAAGUUGUCAAGGUUAAGGACAUGCAAAUGGAUCACGUAAUGGCUCUCAAGAUUAUCAAGAACGUCGAGAAGUAUCGAGAAGCUGCGAAGCUUGAGAUCAAUGCUCUGGAGAAGAUAGCCGCUAAGGAUCCUGAGGGACAUCAUUUAUGCGUCAAAAUGUUAGACUGGUUCAAUUAUCAUGGACAUAUGUGUAUCGCCUUUGAGAUGCUUGGACUGAGCGUUUUCGAUUUUUUGAAGAAAAAUAAUAUGUUACAGAGAGACAACAAUUAUCAACCUUAUCCAUUGGAACAUGUUAGGCAUAUGGGUUAUCAGCUUUGUUAUGCAGUCAAGUUUUUACACGACAACAAACUUACGCACACAGAUCUUAAACCCGAAAAUAUCUUAUUCGUAGAUUCCGAUUACGAAAGCACGUACAAUAGUAAAAAGUUCUUUCUUUUUAAGCGAAAGGAUGUGAGGCGCGUUAAAAGGACCGACAUCAGACUAAUCGAUUUUGGCAGUGCUACGUUUGACCAUGAACAUCAUAGCACAAUUGUUAGUACAAGACAUUACAGGGCGCCUGAAGUCAUUUUAGAAUUAGGAUGGUCUCAACCUUGCGAUGUAUGGUCCAUUGGUUGCAUUCUAUUCGAAUUGUACCUGGGUAUAACUUUAUUCCAAACGCACGAUAAUCGUGAACAUUUGGCAAUGAUGGAACGUAUAUUAGGUACAAUUCCACAUCGUAUGGCAAGGAAAACGAAGACGAAGUACUUCUAUUACGGUAAAUUAGAUUGGGAUGACAAAAGUUCAGCCGGCAGAUAUGUUCGUGACAAUUGUAAACCUUUAUACCGUUAUUUGUUGUCGGACGAUGAUGAGCAUCGACAACUAUUCGAUCUUAUUAAAAGAAUGCUGGAGUAUGAGCCAUCCCAAAGGAUAGCACUGAAGGAUGCCUUGCAACAUCCAUUUUUCGACUCUCUUCCAGCGCAUCAGAGAUUAACCGAUCCACGUGCAGCCGGUGAUUCACAACAAAGUCAUGAACGAUCGCACUCGCUCUCUCGAUGAAGCUAGGAAAGGGACCGACUUCCGUACUGGACAGACACUAAUAAUAAUAAUAAUAAGAAGAAGAAAAAAAAUAAUAAUAAGAAUAAUAAUAAUAAUAAUAAUAAUAAUUAUUAUCCAUUUUCAACGAUAUUACUGCCCUACGUCUUUGUACUCGCUUUCUCUUUAUCUCAUUUUUCCUUGAGUCUCUCAACGAUGAUUGUUCUUAGUUAUUGUCGUCGUUGUUAUUCUUGCUUGAGAAAAACUCGAUGACAUUAUGUUACGUGAAAUACUUUGCACGAAGAUAUCCACGAAAAAAAUGAUUCGAAAGAAAAGAACGAAAGGAAAUAAAAAAAAAAAAAAUAAAAAAAUAAAUGAAUGAAUGAAUAAAAAAAAAUUAAAUAAUAAUGAGCGCUGCAUGUUCUUUUCUUCCUUUUUUUUUCUCUCUUACUUUUUUUUUUCUUUUUCUUUUUUUUUUCUUUUUUUUUUUUUUUUUUUUUUUUUGAAUUCAGAUUCAUAUAGAGCCUAUGAAGAAAAUUUUGGUACUAGGCAGAGAAAAAAAAAGAAAGCGAGUACUAUGCGAUAGCAGCAUGCAGCAGCGACGGGGGGUAUAAAAGAAACGGACGGAGGAAACUUUGUUAAGCCAAAUGUGGUGGAAUUUGAACUUUGAUCGGGAACGUUUUACAUGCGCAUGUAGUAGUAGUAGUAAUGCGUCUGUAUUACGUGUGAUAUAUCUCGAUGAUUCGUAGGGCCUUUUUUCACCGGGUCGAUCUUGACGCGCGUUAAUAUCUCGUGGUUUAUUUCUUGGACCACCAAUAAUAAUAAUUAUAAUAAUAAUAAUAAUAAUAUUAAUAAUAAUAGUAAUAAUAAUAAUAAUGAUAGUAAUAAUAAUAAAUAAUAAAUAAUAAUAAUAAUGCUAAAUUUCAAACGCACCAAGGUCCUCUUCUCUAACUUACUGGUACCGGAAACCAGUCUGUUAUAUGCGUGUGUGUGUGUGUCUGCUCAGUUUAGCGUAACAGAGUCCCAAAAUUGUAAAACACACAUUUUCUAUAAAACACUCUUCUGUACAUUUUGCCUUUAAUUUUAUUAUGAUGUUAUUAUAUAGAUGAACAAAGUUUGAAGUAAAAGAAGAAAAAAAAAAGAUUAUUUGGGAGGGGAGCCGGGGGCGGGCGUGGGAGGGGGAGUUUGUAGUUUAUAAUCUAUUUGUUAUAAUGACCGUGCCGAGCUGUAGUAGUAAGUAUCGGAUUCUUAGAAUAUAAGACGGUAGACAAUUGCGUAUGUGUUUGAUGAAUAAAAGAAGUUAUAUAGAAAAAGAGAGCGAGAGAAAGAGUGAGAAUGAAAGUGAGAGAGAGAGAGAGAGCGAGCGAGCGACGAGUGCAGUGCGUGAGAAAUUAAAAAUGAAUGCCAAUCCCAUUAUCAUGAAAUACAUAUACUUUAUCGUUCAAAUAUCCAAGUGAUAUAAUUAUUUUUACGCGAUACAAUGCUCUGGAUGAAGAUAACAUCAUAAUGGUGUAUCGCUCUAUUAUCUUGAAAAGCAGAGAAAACGUAUUUAUUCAUUUCUUUGAUCGGAUAUAUAUUGAGUUUUAUCAUUUUUUAUGGAACGACUUGAUUACCCUUGAAUUUAUUAUUGUACUCUCUUGCGUUUAAGGAAAAAAAAAAAGAAAAAAAAUAAAAGGUCAUUUGUUCUUCUAUUGACGCAAAUACAACGAGGAUAUAAUAUCGUCUCUAUAUAUAUAUAAAUAUAUAUAUAUAUCUCGCGUUUUACCUCAUUUGACGAUGUGUGUGAGAUACGUGUUUAUUAUAUUUACAUGUACGAAAGCAUUUCUCGACUAGUGUUAUGUCGUCACGAGAAGUAGUACUAACGCAAGUGUUUUUCUCUUUGUUCUUAGUUUAUUAUUAUAAAACGCGAAAGAAUUUUUAAGUUGUUAGCUGCUCUCAUUUACCACGAUAGGAGGAGAAUGCCUAAUUAACAGAAAGUACUGUUUCGAUUAGUAAUAAAAAUGCGUUUCUUCGAAAUAAUCGAAUUAAAAUUUUUUAUUUCUAUCAAUUAA